ACAUUGACUGCGCUGCCAAACGGACGUGUGGCGAGCCGACAAGGAGUGAACAAAAGUUAAAUUGGAGAGGCGCGAGUUUUGAAUCAACCAAAUGAUGCAAUAAAACUUAUAUGUAUAUAAUUGUGAAUAACAAAAACUAAUAAAAUUAUUUAAUGUCAAUUGAAAUAUUUAGAUUAAGCAUAUAUAUAAAAAUUGUUAAACAAGAGUUUGACAUUUUAAAUUCUCCCACACAAACUCAUAAACUGCUUCAUUUAUUAUCGCGGAAGCUGCCUUUGACUGCAGGCAUUGGCAACGAGCGUCUAGCAACAGCGCAGAGUUUGGCUAAGGAUGUAAAGUGAUAUGAACAAUUGUUGCCUUGCCUUGAUGCGACUGCUCAUUGAUCCACCUUAAGUGACGGGAAAUCAAAUCAAACCGUUUUUAAUGGCCUUUGUCAUUUGAACGCAAGUGGUUGUGCAACCGGAAAGCGCCAAGUGAUUGUACUUCAUGUGAAAUGCAUUAUAGGCGAAUGCACAAUUUUUGGCUGUUUUUUGUUUGUGUGGCUUAGGUUGUUCUUUUCGGGGCCUGUCGUCUGGCUGCCGAGCUUAUCAGCCAUGUGCACAGCCAGCACGUCAAACAUAACGAUAAGUGCGGGCAGCAGCAGCAGUGACAACAGCAGACUAUAUUAAUAACAGUGUUGGCAGUCAACACCAAACCAACGGGCGCCGAUUAAUUGACGCAGCGGCGACAGCAUGAGGCAAAGCGUUGACUUUGCACUUGCCAGAAGCAGUGACGAUGAUGAUGGCCUCAAUCAAUCAUUCAUGGCUCAUACGUUGCCCAAUGGCAGGCCCAGUCUGAGUGUCGGUCUCGGUCUCGGUCCGAGUCCCAGCACUAGCUCUGGCUCUAGCUCCAGCCCCAGCCCGGAGCUGUUGUUGCUGCACAAUGACAAAUUCCUAACACAUGUCGCCCAAAUGCUCAACAUGACGACCGAGAAUCUAACAAAUCUGCUAACAGCAAAUAGCACAAAUGGCACAACAACGACAACGGCAACAGCAACAGGGACAGCGGCAACAACUAUCGCAGAUAACUGGGAGGAGUCGCCCACGCUGCUCAUUUUCCUAACUAUUUGCUAUGCGCUAAUCUUUGUGGCCGGCGUGCUGGGCAACCUAAUAACCUGUAUUGUCAUUUCGCGAAACAAUUUUAUGCACACGGCCACCAACUUCUAUCUGUUCAAUUUGGCCGUCUCCGAUUUGAUUCUGCUCAUCGCAGGCAUACCACAGGAGCUGUACGAUUUGUGGUGUCCCGACUCGUACCCCUUCACGGACGGCAUCUGCAUCAUAGAGAGCGUCCUCUCCGAAAUGGCAGCCAACGCCACGGUGCUAACCAUCACGGCGUUCACUGUGGAGCGCUACAUAGCCAUCUGCCAUCCAUUUCGGCAACACACCAUGUCCAAGUUAUCGCGUGCCAUCAAAUUCAUCUUUGCUAUUUGGCUGGCAGCCUUCCUGCUGGCGCUGCCACAGGCCAUGCAGUUCUCGGUGGUUAACCAGGGCGAUGGCUACUCCUGCACGAUGGAGAACAACUUUUACGCGCAUGUUUUCGCCGUCUCGGGCUUUAUAUUCUUCUGCGGACCCAUGACGGCGAUCUGUGUGCUCUAUGUGCUGAUUGGCAUGAAGCUGAAGCGUAGCCGUUUGCUGCAGUCGCUGCCGAGGCGCGCUUAUGACGCGAAUCGUGGCCUAAACGCGCAAAGUCGUGUCAUCAGAAUGUUGGUAGCUGUAGCCGUUGCCUUUUUUCUCUGCUGGGCGCCCUUUCACGCCCAGCGCCUGAUGGCUGUGUAUGGCGUUUCGCUGAUUAAUGUCUGCCGCUGUCGCGAUGCCUUCAACGACUAUUAUCACAUACUUCACUACACAUCCGGCGUGCUCUACUUCCUGUCCACGUGCAUCAAUCCGCUGCUGUACAACAUUAUGAGCCACAAGUUCCGGGAGGCAUUCAAGAUUACAUUAACACGUCAAUUCGGCCUGGCGCGCAAUCAGCAGCAGCACCAGUACCACCAGCACAACUACAGUGCUCUGAUGCGACUGCAGGGAUCGAUGCGGCUGCAGCCCGUCAGCUGCAGCAACAACAACAAUGCCCUGGAGCCAUAUGGAUCGUAUCGUGUGGUGCAGUUCCGCUGUCGCGAUGCCAACCAUCAGCUGUCGCAGCAGGACAGCAUUCGCACGAAUACGACAACCACGACUAUUAAUAGCAGCAGCUUGGCCGCUGUUGGCGGUGCAGGUGCCGGCGGCAGUGGUGCUGCUGGUGGUGGUGCUGCUGCUGCUGGCAGGCGUCAGCGUAAACAGGACCUGUACGCGACGUCGGCGGGCAGCGCCGUGCCGCAUCGCCUGCUGCAGACGCAGAGCUCGCGGCUAAGUGAUGUCAAUACACACGCAUUGCUGGACCCGGAAGUGGUUGAAGUGGCUCGCAGCCAUUGUGCGCCUGCACGUGCCAAACGCACGCUGCUGGCCACAAAUAACGGCGCGUUGCUGCUGGCAACCGCCCAGUCCACAGAAGAGCCGCCGCAGCCCGCCACGCGCCUCAAGCUAACGCGUGUAAUCAGCCGGCGGGAAGAACCGGCCUACAGUGGCAGCAGCAGUCUGGCCGACCAGGAGACGGCGAGCACAGCUACCACGGGAGGAGGAGGCGCCGCUGGAGCAGAGGGGAGCAAGUUUCCAUGGCGCAAGAAGCGCAAGAAGCAAAACCCGGCCAACAACAAUGAAACGGUCAGUGGCAGAAAUGGCUAUGCCACGCCCAAGUCGCUGUGAUAAAUGAAAGGCGUCCGCGCUGCAAGUAUUUAGAUAGCAAAUAAAUCUUUAUAAAUAGUUAUUUCCAGAUAGUUAUAUAUGUAUAUACAUAUAUCGUUAUAAAUGUACAGUGUGUUAAUGUUAACUAAUAGUUUUAUUUAACUAUUGUAGCAAAAGAGUUCGAUAAAGGGCUUCGAGGCUAGGGAUUUGCCUUGAAACUUGUUUUCUUACAGUUUUCCAGACUUAAGUACAAUUCAGAUAUAAAGUUAAACUUGUCUUGCAAAGCGUUUUAAAUAAAUGUUAUAUAUUGAACGUUAAAAUGAUUGGUGAUUUUGUUCUUAAUGUUAUUCUUAUUGGAUUCUUAUCAGGGCUGUGCGUAGCUUUCGAAAUUUGCUUCUAGCUUGAACAUAGGCUUGAAUAUAUACAGAAAUGUCUAUAUUUUUAUGGUCUUCGCUGUUAAUGCUAUGCAUAUAUCAUAUGCUAAUAUAUCUACGUAUAUUUUAUAAUCGACAUACAUACAUUUACAAAUCUCUCUUAACACUGUUUUAUUAUUGUUAGAGCAGUCCUUCAGCUUGAACUUUAGCUAUUUUCUAGUCAAAUAUGCAGCAACCGAUUGUCAUUUAUAGCUAACCGAAUAUCAAAUAAUUAAAUAUAUCAAACCUUAUUAAAAACACGAAAAAUGUACAAAAAUUAAUU